UUUAUGCGGUCGGAUGGCGCAGCUCCUUUGUCUCUUCGCUGCUAACGGUUGGGCUUAACUUCUCCCUCUCUUCGCCCCCCUUCCUCCAUUGCUUGGCUCUCGAUCGAUCGCGAGCAGAAUGGCGGCGACGGCGGCGGGUAUCUCCGGCAGCGGCAUGACUUCCCUUCUCCGUCUCCGGCGCCCGGCCGCGCGGGAUCCGGCCAUGGCGGCCCUCGCCGCUGCCCGGCCAGCCGGCUCCGUGGCCGACGGAGGGAACCUCAUCUGGGGCCGUCAGCUGCGCGCCGCGCUUCUCCACCUCGACCGCGCCACUCCGCCGGCCAGAAUCGCUGCGGCUGCCGCCGCUGGCGGCGGCCAGAAGGCGCCGCUCCGCCCAGUGGUGACCGCCGCCGCGUCGUCCUCGCCGGCCGAAGGGAACGAUCCCGUCGGGGAACCACAGCUGAGCUUCGCCGCCAAAUACCCCGCUCUGGUCACCGGCUUCUUCUUCUUCAUGUGGUAUUUCUUGAACGUGAUAUUUAACAUCCUCAACAAGAAGAUAUACAAUUACUUUCCCUACCCAUACUUCGUUUCCGUUAUCCACUUGUUCGUCGGCGUGGUCUACUGUUUGAUCAGCUGGGCUGUUGGUCUUCCCAAGCGCGCUCCCAUAGACUCGAACCUCUUGAAGUUGCUCAUCCCUGUUGCCGCCUGCCAUGCUCUUGGCCAUGUCACUAGCAAUGUGUCCUUUGCUGCGGUUGCAGUCUCAUUCACUCACACAAUCAAAGCUUUGGAGCCCUUCUUUAAUGCUGCGGCUUCCCAAUUCAUCCUUGGACAGCAGAUACCACUGACUCUCUGGUUAUCUCUAGCUCCAGUUGUGAUUGGUGUCUCGAUGGCAUCCCUCACGGAACUAUCGUUUAACUGGACAGGCUUCAUUAGUGCUAUGAUCUCAAACAUCUCCUUCACAUACCGCAGCAUUUAUUCUAAGAAAGCCAUGACUGACAUGGAUAGCACAAACGUUUAUGCUUACAUAUCGAUCAUUGCUCUGUUUGUUUGUAUCCCUCCUGCAAUUCUGUUGGAGGGACCGCAACUUUUGCAGCAUGGCUUUAAGGAUGCAAUUGGCAAAGUCGGUACUACAAAAUUUGUCUCUGACCUUUUCUGGGUUGGAAUGUUUUAUCACCUCUACAACCAGCUAGCAACCAACACCUUGGAACGAGUUGCUCCUCUCACACAUGCUGUCGGAAAUGUUCUCAAACGUGUAUUCGUAAUCGGCUUCUCAAUUGUUAUCUUUGGGAACAAGAUUUCAACACAAACAGGCAUUGGCACCUGCAUUGCCAUUGCUGGCGUCGCCAUCUACUCGUAUAUUAAGGCAAAGAUGGAAGAGGAGAAAAGACAAAUAAAAGCUGCGUGAUCAGCAGAUAGCUUUGGGCUUGGAAGACUCCAUGGACUUCAAGGUCUGGCACAACAUUUGUGCCAGUUGAAGAAGAGAAAGAAUAUUGAUGUGAGGCAGGCAGACACUUGAAGCCCACCUACUUUUACAUCUCAUUUCUUUCUCUCGUUCUUGUGUUCCUUCAUUAACUGCAAAUAAAUUCUUGUUUAUGAGCUUAAAAAAGAGCAUCAGAGUGUUUGUAGUUAAAUUAAGCUGGAGAUUUGAAACUGUGGGAUUUUGAGUGUAUUUAUUUUGUCUGUCUUUGAAUGUAAAAUCUCAAUCAAAAUUGUGUCUAAGUUGGGAUUGUUUGAUCGGAUCUUCCA